UGUACGACGGCGCGGGAAAACUAAAAGGAAAACAGCGUCCCGUUUUGGUAAAACCGCUUGAGCGUUAUUGACGUAGCUUUUAACGAACGGAAGAGCGAACAACAAUAUUCAGGAAUAGUUUAUAUACUGCAGUUUUAUUUCUUCAGGAAGGAAAUGGCCUCUUUUUUGCCUGCUGUUGCUGAACAGCUUUUGAAAGAUGUACAGAAGACGUAUUCAGAGAAAUCUCAAAUACCUGAUGACCUACUUAUAGCGUUGCGGUUUGUGUUUGGCUCCUGUACUCUGCAGGCUUUGGAUCUGGUGGACCAACGCUCAGUAACGUGUGUGUCCUCCCCCAGUGGACGAAAAGCAUUCCAGGUAUUGGGUGGAUCAGGCCGUCUGUAUACAUGCUAUACAUCCUGUCAUUAUUGCCCCUGUCCUGCCUUCUCUUUCUCUGUGCUCAGGAGAAAUGAAAGUCUAGUGUGUAAGCACAUCUUGGCAGCCUACCUGUGCCAGGUCAUGGGCUUGUGCCAGCAAGAGCAGGUCUCAGAUCAGCACAUGACCCUCAUCCUCUCAGGAAGAGCCCAGCCAGAUCCAUGAAAGCACCAUCCUGAAAGAAAACCGUCCAACUGCGUAGCAGUUUGGGUUCCACUACAGGAGGUGCCGUGUGAUUGGAUGUAAAA